UGUUAUCAUCAAGUGUCGACGAGGUAGACGUAAACAAAAUAUAUAAGUUACAUUAGUUACAAUAUUACCUAUACGAGUCGCGAGACGUGUAGUCGACAUUCGUACUUUUUGUUUUCGUGGCAGAUUAAUUUGUGACAGUUGUAAGCGACCUGCUGUUUUGCUGUAGUUGUGCAAAUACAGUCAUCUCUCUUCGCCCGAAUAGGAAUAUUAUUUUUCCUGGACUGUCCGCGUCUUAGCUGGCUACACAAAAAUGAGGAACUCACGUACCAACAAACCAAAGGAAACCAACAAACAGAAGAAGGAAAGGAAGAGAGAAUUCUUGGAAAACAAAAAAAAUGUUGUUUCAGUGGUGUUGCCCACUUUGGCCGUCAUAUUUGCUCUCAUCUCACUAUUCAUCUACUUAAAGGUGCAUCCAAAUGCAUUGAACUUYAUGGCUUCUGAGAAACCUCUUUAAACAAUGGAUCUAACUAUUAUAAUAUCAAAUCUUAUCCAUUCCCUUCUGUUGUACACAUAAUUAUCCCCCAAUUUAAGUUUCAAUGUUUUUUUUUAGUUUAUGGCAUUUGUUAUUAUAAAUUCUACACGCCCCAUAAUUAUAUSUUCAGAUUAAUGAUACAAAUUUUACUUUCAAACAUCAUGUAAACAUUUAAUGUAUACUGCUGAUAUCAUUCUCACCUUGUCAUGUUAUUUAAUGAUAUUUGGCUACUAAAUCAAUUGUAUCUACAAUUAUUAUUAAAAAAUUAUAAAUUUAUAUUUAAA